AUGGGGAGCUGUGACAGCUCCUGCCAGGGUUGGUGUAGCGGUAGGCAACACUGGUUUGAACUCGGACCCACGGACUUGAUGGAGCGCAAGGGCUCCCUAACCCUCCGCUCCCAUCACAAGAAAUACUCGAAGCCAGUGCUGGUGUAUUCCUGGCACCGUGACAGAGAAACUUAUCCCAAAGAUUAUGAUAUAGAGGGUCCUGAACAAGUAAAAAAACUGUGUAAUUCAACAUAUUGGCGACUUGGAACCAACGAACCCCCAAUUUGGAUAUCAGAAACACAUGAGAAAAUGGCACAAGUUUGUUUAAACACAGAAUUGGCUGAAAUGAAGAGCGAAGCUUUAUUGAAUGAGGAAACGAUGAGCUCUGGAAUUAUUGAAAGGGACACUGGAUUGCCUACCACAGGUUUUGGAGCUCUCUUUCCUAGACACCCAUCAGAUUGGUGUGCAUUGACAACAUAUGCUGAAGAAUAUGCUCCACCGUAUGAAUAUCAGCCACUUGGUUAUCCUUGUCAAGAUGAUGAUUAUUCAGUUGUCCACAGAAAAUGCCAUUCUCAGUUCACAGAUCUAAAUGGUUCCAAAAGAUUUGGCAUCAACACCUGGCAUGAUGAGAGUGGGACUUAUGCCAAUUCAUAUGUAAAACGAGAACUCUACCCAUUAACCAGUGGCCCUGUUGUUCCCUUUUUAAAAUAAUGUAUGGAAUCAGAUUCUAUAACUAAUGAAAGGUAAUGGAUGUAGCAGUUGAUGAUUUUCUAUCCUAAUAAAUGCAGUGGAAAUAUUAUGAUAAUAGAUUCCUUUAACACAAAAUCUUAUAUUCUAGAACAGUGUGUAUAUCUUUCUUUUCAUAAGCUACUCUGGUAUUUUCCAAAGUUUAGUAUGUUUUUCACUGAAGGUAUAUAACCCAAUUCUAGAUGGUACUCGGAGGAAUUUUAUUUUAUGUUACUUUAUUUUGUUUUAUUUUAUUGACUGUGGAUUUAUUUUAAAUUUUAUUAGGAAAAAAUGCAUAAAGCUAACACAAUCAAGCUCAUGAUUGCUUAGGGUGUGUCUGAUUUAAAAAAAAGAGAUAACUUAAAUUCCACUUUUGAGUGAAUAAAAAUUUAGGUGGUACUCAAAUUCUACAUGAAACUCAAAUGGCUGAAGUUUGAGCAACAGGGCCCUAUAAUAAUGUUGAGUGCGUGUGUGUGUGUGUGUGUGUGUGUGUGUGUGUGUGUGUGUGUGUUUAUUGGGGAGGAGUGUGUCUGUUUAUAGACUUUAACAUAUCUAUGGUGGCUAGCUGCUCUGUGGAUUAUCAUUCAGCAUGGUGUUUUUCCUUACACAAUAUAACACUUUUUAUUGUAUGAAGUAGCUGAGAUGCAGACAGAAUCUUAGUGAAACUUUAGGGGUUUAAUGGAAAAUCCAGUCAUCUAGUGUUAAGUGUAGAAUAAAUCUUAGCAGUUGUUUUGACUCGCACUCCCGUUUUCCAGAUGAGCAGAGACUCACAGAGGUUCAAGUAGCUUGCCCAGGGUUACAUAAAUAGAUUCUAGUUGAUCUUUGAGGUACAUUUGAACUUUUGUUUUUUUCUGAGGAUGGGUUUAUUUAUUUGGUUGGCCUAGGUUAAAUUUACUCUCAUUGUUUUUCUUUAAAAAAGAAAUUCAUGAAAUAGUAUUUCAUGAUAAAUGCUAAUUUGAUUAGCAAAAUAUGGGGAAAACUAUAAGCCUUGUGAGUAGAGAAAUGAUAGUAAAUAAAGAAAAUGUGGAUAUGCCAAGGAAGCAUUCACCAGCAGAGU